UCAAUCCAGAGACCAGAUUUUGCUAGAACUCUGAUUCCUUAUUGUCUGUGAUAAUCACUUUCUCAAAUACUCUAGCUCAAAUGAAUCAAAUCUCAAAUCAUCAAGUGAUUCAAAAAUAGAAUGGAAUUUUGUAUACCUAUAUUUAUAUAUACAGGGUGAUACCAUUUGUCUAGAUACAGAACUAGAGGUUAUGUCAAAUGUCAAACAGAUGUUUGUCAAUUGUUCUGUGGCAUUUGUAAACAAAAUAAAUUUCAUUUCAAAGAAAGUGUGUGAGAAUUUACAAAUAUAAUCAAUGAACAAUAUAUUAUUUUUAUAAUAUGUUGUGUAUAGUAUUAUUAAGUGUUGUUCAAAGUGAAGUGUAUUAAGAAACAAUAUAAUGACUUCAAUUGAAUCAGGUGUUCAAUUAUUCUCAAGACUGAACCAGAAAACCUUCUUAGAAGGCAUCAAUCCCCACAUUUUCCCAGAAGGCCCCUAUCCAAACCAAAUUGUGGAAAUCACAGGACACCCCAAUGUCUGCAAAGAUGAUUUGCUGAUAGAUUUAUUAGUGAAAUGUAUACUGCCUACUGAGUAUUGCAGUGAAUGGAAGGGGUCAGGAGCUGUUUUCAUCAACACAGAAUUUCAAAUCAAUCUCUUCAAAAUCAUCAAGGUGAUUGAAACACAUCUGAAUUAUAAAAAUGUGAAAGAGGGCAGGAAGGGUAUAAUAGAGGAUUCAUUGAAGAAUCUCACCAUUUACAACUGUUAUGGACCUGAAGAGUUGGAAAUAACCAUCCUGAGUCUGCAGAAGUUUAUUUAUAGUAAUGAAAAUGUCAAUCUAGUUCUUAUUGAUAAUAUCACUGCCCACUACUGGAUAGCAAGGCAGAGUUCAAAGAUGUUGAGUUAUUAUCAACAUUCAAUGAAGAUGCUGGAGAAGCUUUAUAAUGUUAUCAAGGAUCUGAAUACUCUCCUGGUAUAUGUCAGAAAUGACAAAGAAUCUUCCAGAAAAAAUGCCUCUAUGAAAAUAGACUACAGAAUAGAAGUUAUUGAAUAUGAGGAUAAGUUUAAAGCAGUAGUCACAAAUUUUGGGAAUGAGAGCACUGGUACUAUUGAGUUCAAAGUAGACAUCAUUGUACUGUUUUGUGUUUAGUGGAUUUUUUUCACGUUUUUAUGCUCAUAUGUAAUAGGUGUACAAUAAAAAUUGAAUUU